AUGGGUUUCCUGUGUCUACUCCUACAAGUUCCUGUAAUUGAGAGUCUAGUCUCAGUUGUGGCUCAAAUGGCGCCGACUUUCGUCUUCUUUGGGGCUCUCCUCGUCGCUACCUGUGCCGAAGAGAUUAGGAUCAAAGUGCAGCCAAGCCCUCCUGAUGAAAGAGACAGCUUGAUCUGGUUCAACAAAACUAGCUUUGACUCUUGGAGCAACCAACUAGACAACUUCAUUGAAGUGUACCGCAACCCUGAGUUGACUGCUGGACGACCCGAGGCAGAAGUCAGCUGUGACUGGGGCUCCCCUCCUCCCCCAGGAAAGGUUUGCCACAUCAACCCUGAGACUUUCGCUCCAUGUGUCACCACCAACUACUUCGGCUACAGACGUCUCGCCCCUUGCAUCUUCCUGCAGUUCUUCCCUGAAAAGGGAUGGAGACCAAAGUUCUAUGGAGAUUUGAAGACACUCCCGACAUCGAUGCCGAGGAAUUUGAAAAACUACAUCAUAGAUAAAUCUGUGGAACCUUACACUUGGGAGACAGUAUGGGUGUCGUGUGACGGAGAGAACCCAGCAGACAAGGAGUUGAUUGGUCCAGUGAGGUACAUCCCUGGCCCUGGCGUGCCUGCUUACCACUUCCCCUACACUGGGCAGAAGGGGUACUUACCCCCACUGGUGGCUGUGCAGUUUGAAAUGCCACAAACUGGUAUCGUAAUCAGUAUAGAAUGCAAGACUUGGGCUGCGAACAUCAAGCCACACAAGGAUAAACUCAUCGGAACUGUUAAGUUCCAGCUGAUGAUUGAUGUUUAAUUAUCAGAAAUGUUUUUUCCAGCUGAUGAUUAUUGUCUAACAAUCAUCAGGAACAUCAAGCUAUUGAAGAAUAAUUCAUUAAUGUUCAAUAAAGUUUUGAUUGAUAAUAA